CUUGUUUUGCUGCUACUGUUACGCCGGCUCGCUUACCUGGACCGUAGCGUUGCUUUAAAGUCCAUGUGCACUCUCAGACGGGCAGGUCCGGUAUAAUAUCACUCAAACCCCUGUGUAGCUUUUCAAGUGAUGUUUUCUUACCAUGACCUAUAUUAGAAGUGGUAGCGAGUCAUAGCUAACAUGCUGUCAAUCAGGAAUUAAAAACGGGUUGGCUGUUAUUUUACUUUAAAAAAAAUAACACAUUUUGCAUAAUUUACUUCUCAGCACGAGCGACGCAGACUGGACUGGUUGCAUUUCAAUGGAGACGCUUUCAAAAACCGCUGGGGCUGAUGCUACGCGGGAGAAGCAGGAGCCGCCAGCCUCCAGGGGAGUAGUAUCUGACAGCUUUUCCCUUCCAUCUUAUAAGGACUACCCUUCUCACCGUCCCUUCAUCAACGCACUUUUGCAUCACACACCCAAAACACGCUCACAUCAGCCUCGUCGCCCAUCCUCCCCCGGAAAGGCUUUCCCAGAGACCAGCAGUGCAGAGAUCUUAUCUGCCCUGAGGAACCUCCAGGAGAAGAUCAUGAGGUUGGAGUUGGAGAAAGGACAUGCAGAGCGCAGUCUGCACACUGUGGGGGAAAACGUAUCUUCCACACAUCUGCAGAGGGAUGAAGUCACACAGAGACUCUCAGAGGAUCACAGAGACCCAGAUAGAGAAAUACGUGGAGAAUCCAACUACAACCAAGUGUUGAUCACUCACCUGGCCGCUGCAGAGUCUCGCUGUUCAAAGCUGGAGCGACAGCUGGAUCACAUGAGGAGGAUGCUGCGCAGUGCCAAGGCAGACAGGACCAGCCUGCUCAAACAGCAGGUUUCCAUGGAGACGGCCAGGUCAGCUGAAAAGCAGCCUGACACAGUUUCUGAGCAGGCCCAUUUGGAGAAGCUGGAGCGACUGGAGCAGGAGUAUCUUAGGCUGACACGCACACAAAACAACGCCGAGAUGAAAAUGCGGCAGCUGGAAAUGAAACUACUGGAGGAGGAGCAUCAGAGAAAGCUUGUCCAGGAUAAGGCCAAUCAGCUGCAGACGGGUUUAGAGACCAAUAGGAUCCUGCUGCAGUCGGUGUCUCCCUGCGUGUCCAGCAGACAGUCCAAAGAGAAGAAGUCUUACUCCAAGAAGUCUUCCCCACAGCAGUCGUCCUGCACACAGCCACACUAUAGACUGAGCCUCAGAGAUGUACCUUUUGUGGCUGGAACGUCUGUAGGCUGCAGCCACUCCGUCCGAGCGAACGUCCAGUCAGUUCUGUCCCUCCUGAAGCGACACCAGCCGCACCUCUGCAACCGCCGCGUCCUCUGCAGCAACGCCAACGGCCACGAGACGGGCUGUCGCACGCCCUCGGACACCUCCUCCUCCUCCUCCUCCUCUGCCUCCGCUAGCGGGGGGGAGCUGUCAGAGCUGCUGCAAGCACUACAGGAGGAGCUGAGACUCAUGAGCCUGGAGCAGGACGAGUUGAUGGGGCAGGUGGAGGCCAGCGUUGCGGACCAGGAGAGAAAGGAACUUCAGAGGGAGCAGGAGAGGCUGCUGCAGAAGAUGGAGCGGAAAGGAGAGCAGAUCAAUAAGCUCCUCAAACACAGAACACACAUAAAGAAGUUAAGAAAGGAAGCUAAUUCCAGGCGGAACUGUGGGAGUGAGCCGAGGGUGGCUUCCACAGUGUCCACUAGAGGCCGCUGUCCUGCACCAGUCAAAGUAAGACCAGGAGAACGAAGCAAGGGGAACCUGAGGCUGCUGAGGGACAUGAGGGCUCUGCAGACCUCAUUACGCACCUGAACACACCGCAUUAGGUUCAUCUGGUUGGUGCUGAAUACCUAUACAUGGCCCAUAUUUCAUGGGUAUAUGACCGAUGAUCCCUUGGUAAAAAUAUAUAUAUUUUUUUUUCUACUGCAAAAUGAAAUGCAUCAAAACCGACUUAAGUUUUUUUCUACCAGUCCAGCGAAAGUGAGUUUUUCUCUUAGUCAUCCGUCAAUUGACUUCAGAAUAAUUUAAAGACAGAGUUCUCCAAGUUAUAAUUGGUUAUUCUGCUGUAUUGAUCUCACUUUGUGUUUAAGUCCUUUUAUCAGAAAGUGGCAUGAGAGUUCAGAGUGACCGCUGUAUUCUUACAUAUCAAAUUAAAAACUGGAAAAUAGUGUAUUCAUUUUUAAGAAAUCUGAAGAAGAUUGUUUUAAAAUAAUGGACAAACUGGACUUCUGAGUCUUAUAAAAUAUGAUAUAUAUUUUUUUCCAAAUAUGGGAGCUAAUUUCUUCUGGUUCUACAACCUUCCUGGAUUGAUUGAUGGUUACAGAUUCUAACGUAAUAACUACUCACAUAUUCAUGGACUGGAUGCAGCCACCAUUGUUCAAAGAAACUGCAAUGGUGACAUUGUUUGAUGCAUUUUGACUUGCCCAAUUCUUUGUGUGAAAAUGUAUUUCUCCAAAGAAUAAAGUAUUUGUGGUUGCUUAUAGCGGCCAGUAUUGUUUUAGAAGAUCUAGAGGGAUUCACUGUGCCCUAUGUGAGCUGUUGAUGACCCUUUGUUCGAUGGCUGCGCUUAUUUCUGUAGAUCUACGUGGGUCUCCACUGUCGUCCUCUACUGGCAGGUGUAGUUGGCUAGAAGAUGCCUUUGCUGCCGUCCGUUUAAACCCCGCCCCCUCACCCCCCCACGCCCCUUUCAUAAAGAGGUGACUACUUGAUCCAUGGAAACCAACAACCAAAGCAAACCAGGACCUGUGAGCUGGUAACAACUUGCCGAAUGGCUCUAUAAACUAUUUAAACAUGGUACAGCGUAUUUAACCGUAGCCAACACCAGUGGACGGCAUCAUUCAUUCGCACAAUGCAUGACAGGACCAUUCUCUCAACACAAAAUAUUACAUUCAAGUAGAUAGUAUUUGCUUUGCUUGUAGCUGACAUUCUUAAUAAUAAACUCAGUUUCUAUGAUGCACUUCUAAUCUGAUGAGCACAGAAGGUAAAAAUGUUCAGUUUGUAUUUUAUAAUUCUAAUUUGCAUGCAACAGA